ACCUUCCUCCGCGCCCUCUCCCCACCUCCCCCGUCACCUGCUCCUCCUCCUCGGUCCCGCCCAGAGCGCUGGCAGCCCCGGCUCCCCGGAGCGGGGAAGAGAAGAGGGGGUGAAGGAAGCGAUACAAAGGGCGGGGCAGCGGGAGGAGGGGACGAGGGGCUCGCCUGGGAGGGCGGCGGCGUCUGGCGCUGGCGGUGGCGCGGCGCGGGCAUGGACGCCGAGUACCCUACCUUCGAGCCCCCGCUCUGCAGCGAGCUCAAGCACCUGUGUAAGCGGCUGCAGGAGGCGUACCGGGAGCUGAAGGAGGACCUCACGCCUUUCAAAGAUGACCGCUACUACAGGCUGGCGCCCAUGCGGCUGUACACGCUCUCCAAGCGCCACUUCGUCCUCGUGUUCAUCGUCUUCUUCGUCUGUUUUGGCCUGACCGUCUUCAUCGGGAUCAAAGGGCCCAAAGUGAUCCAGACUUCGGCAGCUAACUUUUCACUAAAUAAUAGCAAAAAGCUAAAGCCAAUUCAAAUACGUUCCAAUCCACUGUCUACAUAUAAUCAGCAACUAUGGCUGACAUGUGCUGUUGAGUUGGAUCAAUCAAAAGACACGUCUAUUAAGACGACCUUUCUAAUGACUGUUAAAGUCAAUGGUGUAACUCAAGAUGGAACCACCACGUUCAUUCAUAACAAAGUUCACAGUCGGACAAGGACCCUCGCAUGUGCAGCGAAGUGUGCAGAAAUUAUCGUGGCUCACCUCGGCUACUUGAAUUACACUCAGUACACAGUGACUGUGGGAUUUGAACACGUGGAUCUACCCAUCAAGGAAAUGAAUUUUACAUGGAAGACUUACGACCCUGCAUUUUCCCAGUGGGAAGUGUGGUUCCGGUUCGUCUUUCUGGUGCUUACUUUCAUUGUCACUUGCCUGUUCGCACAUUCCCUCCGGAAGUUUUCCAUGCGGGACUGGGGGAUCGAGCAGAAGUGGAUGUCCAUCCUUUUGCCUCUGCUGCUGCUUUACAACGAUCCGUUCUUCCCCCUGUCCUUUCUGGUGAACAGCUGGCUCCCGGGGAUGCUGGACGACCUCUUCCAGUCUGUGUUCCUGUGCGCCUUGCUGCUCUUCUGGCUGUGUGUGUCCCACGGGAUACGGGUCCAGGGAGAAAGGCGGUGUUUGACUUUCUAUUUGCCUAAAUUCUUCAUUGUUGGACUAUUGUGGUUGGCUUCUGUCACGCUGGGAAUAUGGCAGACAGUUAAUGAAUUACACGAUCCAAUGUACCAGUAUCGAGUUGAUACAGGAAAUUUUCAGGGAAUGAAGAUUUUCUUCAUGGUGGUGGCAGUGGUGUAUAUUUUAUAUCUUCUGUUCCUGAUAGUGCGGGCCUGUUCUGAGCUGCGUCACAUGCCUUAUGUAGAUCUCAGGUUAAAAUUUUUGACUGCAUUGACUUUUGUAGUGCUUGUCAUUAGCAUCGUCAUCCUUUAUUUAAGGUUCGGAGCACAAGUUUUACAAGACAAUUUUGUAGCUGAACUGUCAACUCACUACCAGAAUUCAGCUGAAUUCUUGUCUUUCUACGGCUUGUUGAACUUUUACCUCUACACGUUGGCCUUUGUGUACUCUCCAUCGAAGAACGCCCUGUAUGAGUCGCAGCUGAAAGACAACCCUGCGUUCUCCAUGCUAAAUGACUCCGACGAUGAUGUCAUCUACGGGAGUGACUAUGAAGAAAUGCCCCUGCAGAACGGCCAAGCCAUUCGGGCCCAGUACAAGGAGGGGUCUGAGAGCGACUGAGCUGGCGGGGCGGCCCGGCGGGGUCGGGGGUCACGACAUGGCCAGGAGCCUGCUCUCCUGCAGCGACCGUCCUGGAUGCAGACUUGUCUUAAAAGCAGACAUUUCCUGGUCUUUAUUUGUUUACAUAUUUUUUAAGGAAAACCAAAACUGAGGACAAAUUUAAAUGUUGGGCCCAAUUUAUUAUUAGAGUGGUUAUAUUUAUUUAGGAAGAAAGGUGAUGAUAAAAAGAUUAAACAGCCAAAUCCUUUUUCAAAGAUUACAGAUGAGAGCGAGCUUGUUUUCAGUGGUGAGGAGGAAAUGACUCCUGUUUGUAGUAGAGAAUUAUGUACUUAUUUCAAAAAUAAUGUACAGAUUCCACGUUCAUGGCAAUCUUUUGAGUCAGGUCCACAGCGUGGCAGCAUUUCUCCUCUCUCUGUGUCCCCUGUGCCGUGGUACUGCGACUCUCAACUCCGAGGGAAGCCUGUUUCUGUGGUUGCGUCACCAGGGCUUGUCCUUCCCCGAGUGGCCUGCGCUCUGGAUAACCAAGCACCUUAAGUGACUGGUUUUGGGUGUUUACUGAACAGGUGGUAAUCAUGCUAACCAGGUUACAGCAUUGCUUCCCCCUGGGAGUGUCAUGAUUCCGUGGUCUUGUUUCCUCAUUAUUGAGGCGUCCACUGAGUGGUAUCCUUUUUUGCCGAGCACCACUAGGGAAUGGUGACCACAGGAAGGACAGUGUGAAAUGCGGCAGUCAUGGCUCAGUAGGGAAAGUGGGGGUGACAGGUUCUAGCCCUUUCCCGCAAAGCAGAACUAGCGUGUGGAGUUAUGAUAGGCUCCCAAGGAAAGGCCUUGUAAGAUAACUGACAAGUUGCCAGCUCCAGUGGGAAGGGUCUUGCUGCCAGUUUUCCAAUUACGUACACGACUAUGGAUGGAUGACCCUGUGGUUGGGGUGAAGAAGGUAUCCAUUAAAUUCCAGUGAGCAGUCAUUUCUGCAGCCCUGCUCAAGACGACACCCUGUUGAGCUUUAUUUUUUUAAAUGAAAGCUAAACAAGUGAUUGAUAUAAUACUAUAGAUUCUUUAUUGCCAAACAGUUUUUCAGUUUCUCAUUUGGAAACUAGGUAAAAGAAAGUAAAACAUUCUAGAUGGUUUAUGGAAGAGCAUCUUUGGGUAGAAGUGUCUCACAAGGUGGUCCGGUGAGCAGGUGAGCAGGUGAGCAGGCGGCUCUUUGGAAAAGUCAAGUCUGGAGCUGCUGGAUGGCGGCCUCACAGAAGGCUCUGGACACUUGCAGUCCUGUCACUGGGGAGUCCGGUACGGUCCCGCCUUUGCUUCUUCUUUGCCAUGCUGUCUCUCUCGUGAACUGUUCCCGUAUAAUCAUUGCAGACAUCCUGAUUGCUGCCCUCUUGGGAUUGUUCUGCUCUGCAAAUAGUACCUACUUCUUCAUCUAUGCAUUACCUCUCAAAUUACCAUUCACAACUCAAAAUUACCUAGUACUAGGACCUUACAGAGGUUCGUGAGAAACCAUUAUGACUUCAUACCUUUCUUUUUAAUUUAAUAACAUACCUUUAAUGGGGAUUCCAUUUGCUUUUAGAACCCUGUAAAUAUGAAUGUUUGAAUUAAAACUAUCAUUGCAAGGGUAAUUCAAGUUUACAUGGUUUUUACAUUUGCAAUGGUGUGAUUACUUUUUUUGAUUCUGUGUACUUAGGAGGUAUUGAAAAAAAUUGUUACUAAAUUUUACAAAUUCUGUUAAGACUAACUAUAAAUAAUUUUAUGUAAAUUGACAAAAACUUGUGCUGAUUAAUGUAUUCUAUUACAGUAUGUGAUAUAGUUUACGUUUUAAUCAUUAUAAAGUACGUGUCCAUAAUUUGGAAUGCUGUUAUUUAUCAGUAAAUGUAAAAUAUUUGAGGCAUUUAGCCAUACACCUUAGAACUUUUUAAAAACUUGUCUUUGUCCUAUAGUGUAAUUAUAAACUGAUGACUGGUAUCUUCAUCUAUUGAUUCAUCAUGGCAUCAAGUCAAGGAAAUGAAAACUAUAGGAGUAUUUAUUUACUUUUUGUAACUGAAUUGGAAACAAGAAAAAAUUAACAGAAGUACUUAAGGGGAAAUGGUUAUUAAAUCAUGCAUUUUCAGUUUCUCUUCCUGGUGUAUCAUACAUAUCGACGUAUUACAUACUCCAUGUAAAAUUUUGCUUCAAGUAUAUUUUUGCAUGUAUUAUAUGUGCUCUAGGUAUUAGGUUAAAACACUAAAGUCCACCAGAAAUUUCAAACAGUAGCAAGAAAAAUUUUUUUUUUUGGAGAGCAUCGAAGUUUUGCAAACUUAAAUUAUGAAUUCAAAGGGCUGACUUUAGUUCUUCCAAGGUAACAGCUUGACUAACACCAUCUUUGGGAUAAUUUUUUAUACAGUGCAGUCUAGGGGAACCUGGAUGGUGACCAUAGGCAUUUAAGUUUCUCCAGGGAGAGCUUCAUUAUCCAUGUGGAUAAUAGGUCUGCUUGAUUUAUUAUUAAAUCAUUACAGCAGUGAAGUGCGGUUUUCUCUCUCUGAAGCCCCAUUUGAAACGCUAGAGAAGGGAUUAUAUAAAAUAUAUUUGUUUGUAAGAUUGUUCCUGUACAUAAUUAGAUUGCAAUAAAUUUAAAUACAUUAUGUAAACCCAACCCACUAAAUUGGCCAAUUACAAGACAAAUGUCACCAGCCCUGAACUAUUUACUGAAGGUAGUUAUGUUAAAUAGAUUAUGACGUGGUAACUUACUUCCUGGAAUCCUUUUCAUAGGGAAAAACACAGAAUCGCAUAGAAGGGAUGAUUAAGUGAGGGACCAGACCUAAAACACUGAAGUAUACUUACGUGCUUUGAGGGUUUUAGAAACCAAUUGCCUUAGAGGUUAGACUUUUGAGAAAAAAUCUUUUCCCCAGGCCAAAGGGAAGUUACUUUAGUCUGUAACAUCUUGUUAUCCUGUUUAUCUUGAGUUCACAUAUUUUAGAUAUACUGAUAACUAUAAUACCGUAUUAUGAAAGAGGAUUUUCUGCUAAUGAAAACUGCUUUUUCAGAAAGACUGUAAAUAUUUGUACAAAAAAACUACACUUUAAGCUCCAAAGGAAAUAUGCAGCUGUGUAUUGAUGGUGGAACUGUGCCAGUAAGCACAGCACCCAUUGCUGAGUGAGCCCAGUAAUCAAUCGAAAGUGAAUGUUUGUUUAUGGUAAAAUUUACAUUUAGGGAGUGGCUUCAUUCUGAGCCCACCUCUCUGGUAAAUGUUAAUAAAUUUUUAAUAUUUGAUCCUUA